UAUAUAGGUAUCUAUUUUGAUCUUUGAAAAACAAUAAGUAACAUUAAUCCAUAUCCGCUUUGGCUUUGAGAAUCUCUUACUCUUAGCCUGACUUAGGCCACUUAGGGUGAAUUUGUACGAUUGUUUGUGACAAAGUUUCUCAAGGCUGACUAGCAGGGAUAAAUACAAAGAUUUGUUGGUUUCAAUAGAUACCCUUGUUAUCUAACUAGUUUUGUUUCCCGGACUCCAGAAGGUAUCUUUGUUUAUCUUGUGCUUCAAGUCAGCGUUGUGCUGUGUCAUGACUUUACUAUCAAAGCACUGCCAAGGAUUGUACCUAGACUAAUACUUUGCUGGACCAAGGUGACUCGUCAUCCCAGCACAGCCAGAACGACGGCAUACACCACGACUGUCAUUUUAGCAGGUGAUGACUCUGUCCAGUCACUUACUUAUGACCCAGUCAUACUUCAGCACUCGAUGCUGAGUUUCAGAGAAUACAUUCUCAACCACUACAAUCUCUUCUGGGAUAAAACAUAGCAGCACUAAAAAAAAUUAUAGAGACAAUUUUGUGAAGUUUCUAAGCUCUACAUUCAGCAACAAUGUCUAUGUCAUGUAAAAAUUACCCCAACUUUAAUCCUUUCUAGUUAACUUUUAAUUCAUUACGAUAAAAGCCUACAUUCAUCAAAUCUGAUGUUGUAGAAGCUUGCAAUUUUAAGUAUAAAUUGUUCAGUCAGAAAUCAAAAUGGCCUUCCACGGACGAGACAAGUCUAGAUCAGGAGGGAUUGCUGAGGAAUCUAUACCAUUGACAUCUGAUCAAGAUGGUGAUGGAGGCAACACAGAUUCCUUACCAAGUUCUGAAAGUACUUUAACUCCUCAAGAAGAAGCGGCUAGAACUCCCCUAAGAGCUGUGAACACAGAGCCAGUCAUAUCAAGGCAAACAUCUUGGGACAUGCAAGAGGAAAAUGUUACUAGGUUGACUUUCCUGCAUGAUGAGGUGGAGAAAAUGUUUGAGACUGAAUGGAGAAUAGAACAUGAGACACUUACAACUGACCCAAACUCCAAAGCCCAAGCAGCUCAUGUGCUGGGCAGAGAAAGCAGUAAAUUGGCCCUAUCAGAGUCAUACCAUGUUGAUGAAGCUGAGUAUUCACGACACCGUAAAGUUUCUUACCCUCAUAUUCAUCAACCUUUGAGGUCUCUUUCCAACAAGUCCCUCAGCAAGUCUUCCAAGUCUCACAAGGAAAAGAAAAAAGGAAAGAAAAAGAAGAAAAAAGAAAAAUUAAGAAGUUUCCCAUCUCAAGGAGCAAUUAAAAGUCCCACAAUUUUAGAAGUGGAAGAAGAACAUGUAGAAGCGCUUUCAGAUUCAGACAGCAGUUUUAGCAAUGAUGAUUCCUCUGAUGAUGACAAUGAUUAUGAAGAUGGUAUCAGAAUCAGGAGUGAUACUCUAGAGGAGAGCUCUGUAACUCCAUCUGUUCAAGUUCAGCCUCCUACUCCUUCCACACCUCAGGAACUGAUAACCAUUUCAGGUUUAGAACAGGAAGAAACUACUUCAAACUCUGGACUUGUUGACUUUUUUAUUGGGCCUGAUUUCCCAACACCUUUAAAUGAACAACCAGAACACUUUCCUCAAUCACUUCCUGCUGAAUCCAAUGAGCCCCAACUUCAAGACUCGGGUGACACUUUCACUAUCUCUGAUGAAGAAACUGGCUUAAAAUCUAAUGGUAUACUACAUGCACAUUCUGACCAAUCUGAUGUUCAGUUAUCAGGCCAGGAAACAGAUGCUAUUCAAGAAGCUGCACGUUCCCAUAGGCCUGAUUACCUUAACCUUGCUCUUUCUGAUGGUGUGGGAACACCUUCACCUAAAGCAAGUGUGCCUGUCAGAGAAUAUAGUUCUGGGGGCAAAGUCAAGUUUGUUGUUGGUGAUGAUUCCAGUUAUCCAAGCUAUGGAAAUUUCCAGACACCUAUGCCAGUUGUAGCUGGUGAAGAGCAAACAAUUAAAGAACAAGAACCUGAAGAGGAGGAAGACAAAGAAAAUGUGUGGAAAAGAAAAAAAAGAAGAGAUUCAGGCAGCAAAAGAAGAGGCAGCAGUGAUGAUGAAGAUCAUGCUUUACUUAGAGUUCCUAGCAUGGAAGGCAGUCAGUCAACAAAAUCAGGCAAACGUCGACAUCAUCAUCACCAUGAACAUUUUCACCGAGAAGAUUUAAUCAUGAGACGCCAGAAAGGAAGUGAGGUCAAGUUAGAUGAAGCUUUAAAGAAAUCUCCCACAGAGACAGAGGAAGCCUCAAUGUUAUACAAAGCAGAUCUUGAUGAAAUGGCAAGUCAUAGAUUUGAAGAUCAGAGAGGUAUCAGGAGACAUAAAAUAGCUAGAAGUAAAGGGGCACUACACUCCAUUGUACACAUUGGAAAAUCACACCAUGUGAAGAAAAGUAAAACUGUUAAAAAGUUUGAUCACAGUCCACAUGAGGUGUUUGUUGAACUUGAUGAGCUUCAUGCUGGAACUGAAGACACAUGGGAGUGGCGGGAGAAAGCUCGAUGGAUUAAAUUUGAAGAGGAUGUUGAGGAAGGUGCAGAUAGGUGGGGCAAACCACAUGUUGCUUCAUUGUCUUUUCAUUCACUUCUAGAACUAAGACGAGGAUUAGAGAAUGGUACUGUAUUGCUAGACUUGGAGGCAUCAGAUUUAACAUCUAUCAUUCAUAAUGUUGUGGAAAAUAUGGUUAUUAGAGACUUGGUGGAGGAGGAAGUCAAAGGGAAGCUACUUAGGACUCUACUUCUGAAGCACAAGCAUGUGAGUGGCCGGUCCGCAUUUCUACGGCGUAAUCCUUCUUAUUCUAAUUUGGCCAGCCUGGAUAGUUCAGGGAAAAGACACCAGCAGAAUGACAAAGGCCUACUCACAUCAAUUUCUCAAAGUAGUUUUGGCUCAAACCUUGGUUUGAGUAAAUCUGCCAGUACUACUUCCAUGACUGAGAAAAGAUUAAAGGAAAAUAAAGCUGCUGCCAAGUUGGAGAUGGUUAAAGUGGACGUUGAUAACAAUAUGCCUACACUACCAGAAGAUAUGAAUAAGGUCAGUGAUUAUGGUACUAUCAGUAGGAAUGGGAGUUUGUCCCCGUCACCUAACAAAACCAUGCCGAUAGUGGAGAGUGAUUUGACUGACAAACAAACAGAUGGCAUACAUAUCGGGAUAACACCUGUUGAACAAAAGAAGCAUGUACAAGAUAUCAUGCGCCGUAUACCCAAAGGAGCUGAAGCCAGCAAUGUUCUAGUUGGUCAAGUGGAUUUCCUUAAGAAACCUGCCAUGGCAUUUGUUAGGCUUGCUGAGGGUCAGAUGUUGGAGAAUUUAACAGAAGUUCCUUUACCUGUCAGGUUUUUGUUUAUAUUGCUUGGCCCAGAGAAAGGAGGAAUGGAUUACCAUGAAGUUGGUCGCUCAUUGUCAACAUUGAUGUCCAAUCAGCAAUUUCACAAUGUUGCUUAUCGGGCUGAGUCACGAGAAGACUUACUGCGUGCUAUUAAUAGUUUUUUGGAUGAUUCUAUUGUGCUUCCCCCUGGUGACUGGGACCAUCGGACACUUCUACCUAUUACGCACAUGGCAAGAAAACGAGCUUUGCUAAGGAAGCAGAAAAAAAAGGACAUGGAAGAGAAAGAAGCCUUACUCUAUGAUAAAUCUGACAUUCCUAGUGACCCACUGAAAAGAACUGGCUGUCUGUUUGGAGGAGUUUAUAAUGACAUACGAAGGCGCUUUCCACUUUACUGGAGUGAUAUCAAAGAUGGUUUGAAUGCUCAGUGUCUCAAGACUUUGUUCUUCAUCUUCUUCACCUGUUUGUCUCCUUGUAUAGCAUUUGGGGGAUUGUUGAGUGAAAAGACAAACAGACUAAUGGGUGUAGUAGAGACUAUGGUAGCAACAUCUGUAUUUGGGAUGAUGUUUAGUUUACUGUCAGGUCAGCCUCUACUUAUCAUUGGUGCCACUGGACCAGUUCUUGUUUUUGAAGAAAGUUUAUACAAAUUUUGUAAAUCUCAUGAGCUUGAGUUCCUGCCUUUUCGGUUCUGGAUAGGUUUAUGGGUUUGUACCAUAACAACUAUUGCAGUGGCUUUAGAGGGCAGCUUUCUUGUCCGUUAUGUGACACGUUUUGUUGAGGAGAUAUUUGCCAUCUUAAUCUCACUUAUCUUUAUUUAUGAAGUAGUGAAAAAACUUGUGCAGAUUUUUACAGAAAAUCCACUUCAAGAGUUCUAUUGUGAGGAAUUACCUCUGGGUAACAUGAAUGACAGUAACUUGACAGACAUUUCUAAUAGAACUUUUAAACUUUACAAUGCUACAUUUGAUUGGUUAAAUGAAACACCAUCAGCAAGCUACAUGUACAGUUCUAGGGAGGACACAGAAGACUUUGGCACCAAAAAGAAUCAACCUAACACUGCAUUGUUAUCUCUUAUCUUGGUGUUUGGUACAUUCCUAAUAGCUUACUUCCUCAGGAUAUUUCGAAACAGCAAGUUUCUUGGACGAAGUGUGCGGCGUGCAUUGGGAGACUUCGGUGUGCUCAUUGCAUUAGUUUGUAUGGUUAUUCUUAGUUUUAUUAUGAAGACAACAUAUGUGCAGAAACUAGACAUGACUGACCCACUGACCCCUACAGCAUCCAACCGUGGUUGGUUUAUUAACCCAAUGGGCAUGCAUAAGCCAUUUCCUGUUUGGGUGAUAUUUGCUUCUGCUCUGCCAGGGUUUUUGAUAUUUAUACUUUUGUUUAUGGAAACACAAAUAACUGAGAUGAUUCUGAACAAAAAGGAGCGUAAACUAAAGAAAGGUUCUGGCUAUCAUUUAGAUCAGAUCCUUUUGGGACUAUUGACUUUCCUUGGUGGUUUGUUUGGUCUUCCUUGGAUGUGUGCAGCUACAGUCAGGACAGUGGCCCAUAUCAGUGCAUUGAGUGAAUACAGCAGUACUCAUGCACCAGGAGAAAAACCUCAACUACUUGGAGUCAAAGAACAAAGAGUCACUAAUUUUUGUGUACAUCUGUUGAUUGGUGCUGCUCUGGCUGCUGGUCCAGUGCUGAGAGAAGUUCCAGUACCUGCCCUGUUUGGUGUCUUCCUCUAUCUUGGUGUUUCAACACUUAGUGGUGUACAGAUGUUUGAAAGAAUGAAACUUUUGUUGAUGCCUGUUAAAUAUCACCCUUCUGUGGUUUAUGUCAGAAAGGUACGGACUGGACAGAUGCACAAGUUUACAUUGAUCCAAUUGGCUUGUCUUAUAUUCAUGAUAGUUAUCAAGUCCACUGAUGCUGCUCUGGCCUUCCCAUUCCUUCUUGUCCUACUUAUGCCUUUCAGAUUGAAGAUUGUUAGUAAAUUUUUUACACAUGAUGAGCUGGAGCAUCUUGACAUGGAGGAGGAAGAUUUUGAAUUGGAUGAAGAAGAUGAUCCUGAUUUCUAUCAACAAGCUCACAUGCCUAUAUAAACAGGUACAUUUUUCAGAAGUGGGAAUCUAGACAAACAACAGUUCUUGGACUUGAAGUGGCUCUCCACAGCAUCAGCUGGAACUGUUUGCUGAACACACUCUUUCAAAUCCAAGCAUUCUGGCUUGAUAGAUUUUUUAAAAUGAAAUUUUUAUUACACAUAAAAGGUUCUGUGAUGUUUAUAUCAAUAUAACUGUGAAAUAUUACAUAGACUUGUACUAUUUAUUUAGUAUGACAUAUAGUUCUUAUAAAUAAUUUCAUUUUUCUAUACACAGAUGUUUGUUAGCACCCAUGUGUAGGAUAACAUUAUCAUCUAUGUGUGUUGGCUGUGUGUAAAGAAAAUGUUUUAAUAAUAUUUUUGUUUUUAUAAGUAUUCUAUACAUAUAUAGAGAUAUUUAAUAAGGUAUUGUCUGAUACAUAUUUAGAGAGAGGAAGAGAGUUGUGUUCUGGUGGCUUAUAGUUAUCAUCCUGAGGAUGGUAGAUGAAGAAAGAUUAAACAAUUUUUAUAAGCAUUUGAUAAUUCCUAAACAGAAGAAAUAUUAAGAAGUGACAAAGAGACAUAUGGACAGGCAAGUCUAGAAAUAUCUCUAGUGUAUUUCAAGUGCUAAAUAAUUGAGAUAUAACUUUAAAAUGUUCAUAUUAGUAAUAUCUAUAGUGUACUUCAAGGAAUAAAUGAAAACAAUUAAAAAUAUUCUUAUUAGUAAUAUAUUUAGUGUACUCCAAUCAUAUAUUAGAAAUAUUCAACUUGUUUGCACUAUGCUCCAUUAGUUCUAUAUAAGGUGAAAUAAUCAAAGGUUAGGGGUCAUACAAAUCAUUCUAAAUAAAAUGUUCACUUAUUUCAUUUCACUUUGUGACAAAUCAUUGUUUAAAAAGUGAUUAUUUUUGGCAUAUUAAGUUUUGAUUCUAUAUCUAUUGAAUUCAUUGCUGUGCUCUUUUUUUUUUUACUUUUAUAUUUGAAAACUUUUACAAUUUGAUUUUGUAUGUCAUUCUUUGUGUGUUAAUUCUUGCUUGUAGAUUUGUAGUAGGGAUACAGACAAUCUUAAUGUCUAAAUGAUAUAGAACAAAAAAAUGAAUGGAAAUGUACUUUUUUUGACUGAGAAUUAAAUCAGGAAACUUUGAGUUUCUUUCUUAAUAGUCAAUCCUUAUUGUUGCAGUCAAUGUACAUGCUCUUUAUUUUGUUUUAAAUCCAUUUUGCUGCAAAAACAAAAUCUUGGUCUUUGUGAACUCAGUACAAUGAUCUUCUUUGAAUGUGUGUUGUACUAGUUGGUUGAGAAAACUUAUCAGAUGAUAGUAUUACUGGCUACAACAUCAAAACAAAUAUUUGAAAUUUAUUAUAUUCAAGGGUUUCUAGCUUGUUGUGAGUCAUGUUAAUGCAUUGCAUAGACAUUUAAGUGUGAUCUAUGCAUGUUUUAUAGUGUCAGUGCAGACUUGAUUUAAUAUGACAUUGACUUGAAAUAUGUUGUUUGUAUUGUUGAUCCUACCAAAUCAUCAUACACCAAACAAACACACAACAUAUCAUGUUCUAUGACAAACAUUUCUAUCUGUUAUAUGGUUAACAUUUGAUACUUUGUUGUUUUCUAAAAUAUUCUAAACAGACUAAUGCAUUUUUGAACUAAGACAUUAAUUCCUGUGUGAAUUGUAUAGAUUGGUGUAUUACAUACACAGUCAAUUUUAUAUGCUGAAGUUUUCAGUCAAUUUUAUAUGCUGACGUUUUCAGUCAUUGUUCUAUUUUAUUAUCAACUAGCAAAUGUUUUCGUGAAAAACAUUGUUUCAUAACUAAGCUUUUAUUUGUUGAAAAAAUAAUUGUUUAAUGUGCAUUUAGUUAUUUAGAAUUCAUAAGAAAAUAUUCUAUUAAUAUUACUAGUCUAUGUUAGUCUGGUUAUUAGUACAGUUGAACAAUGGACUAGAUCAACUUGAAUACUGUAGCUUAAGAGAUGAGAUUAUCUUUUUUUCAGUACAAUAAAACGAUCCCGUAUGUGUAUAUAAAUACUCAAGAGGAAAUGGCUUCAAUUGUUGUGUAGACUUGUCACUCCAGUGCAUUGGUCACACCAUUUGUUUAGUCACCCUAAAAGUAUGCAUUGGAUUACCAAUGAUUAAUAACAGUAGUGUUCUGCUCCUAACUGACUUGUUUCUUAAUUAGCAAAUGAAACAAAAAUGGAACACUUGGUUAUUGUGUCAGCAACCAACCUUUAGCACUUUAUAUGAUUUUUUUUUUCCUCCAGCAGAACUGACAGUGGAUACAAUUUAAAUGUCUAUCUUUCCAUGUAUUUGAGUCUAGUCUAUUAUGUGGACCCAAUCAUUUCCUUCCAACUGAAUUGUUAUCAAUUCUAAAAUGUUCAUUUUGUUAGGUGUUUCAAAUAGCCCAUUGACUACAAUGUAUUGCCAUCAUUAGCACAAGGAAUGUAUUGGAUAAAAUUGUACUAAGUUUGUUUUCAGUUUUUGAAUUAACUGCAUUGAGUAAAGUCAGUUCAAAUGUCACACUAUUGUUGAAGACAUUGAUGUCCAAGUGUUUCCUUGCUCUCUCUCUCUUUGUAUAUAUAUACAUGUGUGUGUGUACUAUCAACAAUUGAUCUUUACAUAAGAUAUCACCUACAAUGAUUGGCUUUCAGAGUAUAUUGUAAGUGAUUGACAGCACAUUAACUCUCUGUCUUCCUUUUUUGAAAAGAUUUGUUUUCCACUGGAAAGUUCCAUUGAUCGGAGCUAUUUUAUUUAUUCAUUUAUUUAUUUUUGGCAUAAUUUUUUAUUUCAUUCUAAAUGUUGACAAUAGACGCUGGUUUCCAGAUUUCUUAGAAAAAUAUGAAACUUAAAACAUGUGUAUGUUGUAGUGCUGUGACUGCUUACAUUGAAUUGUCUUCUUUUUUAUUGGUUUGAACCAACUAGGAUAUUGUACAUAAUCUCCUGUCAUUAUAUCAUGGCACCUUUUUUUGUGACCUGUCACCUAAUGUUAUGAAAUCAUGGCACUUUUUCGUGACCCGUCACCUAAUAUCAUGAUAAUGUAGCACUAAUUUUUAGCCUAUUUAAUCAGUGAUAAUUUUGUACAGUUAUUCUAAUUAUAGAAGUUGAUGCUAGCAGUUAGUUACUUAAAUUGUUUUGUAUUUAUGUAGGACUCUUUUAUUAAAUAAAAAUAGAAAGAAGUAA